ACAUUAUGAAACAUGCACAACAAACUUAGACAUGAAACAGCAUACAGUAAAAAUGAUUAGCUUAUUUAUAUACUCAUUUAAAGUAAGCCAGUUCUGUUUCUGAUAUUUAUCUUAAUUUCUAAGAUCAUUGCAACGUUCCAUGCCAAUCCUAUGUGUAUUACGCCAGAAAACGGAGACGUCUAGACAUCGACCAAUCACGCUCUCGUUAUCCUUAAAUCUAAAUAAGGGGCGGUGUUUACAGGUAGCGUUCACAGAACCGUGGGACAGCUGGACAACUGUAUGUUUUUUAUUCUAUGCGCACUACUACGAAAGUCUUGAAUUCAUGUUUCUCCGCAAAACUAUACCUGUCUUUACUGCUGCGACCCUUGACAACAAUAUCAGGAGUUUGACUCACUCCGUUGGAAAUGCAUAUCACACUUUAGACCCUACAAAAACAAACCAGGACCAUGUUUAUGGCAGGGAAGAUGUGUCAUCCAGUAACAACAUCUCCAUUGACUUUGAACAGACCAAAGACGCCUACCAGAGCAAAGAUACUCUUGAGUUACUCAGAAGCUUGUUCGUUUUUAAACUGUGCUCCUAUGACAUCCUGGUUGAUAGGAACAAAGAGAUAAUGGAUCUUAGCCGAACGUUUCUGGGACAAAAGAUGUUUGAGCAGUUCAUGAAAAUGACGUUCUACGGUCAGUUUGUGGCGGGUGAAGAUCACGAAUCCAUCAGGCCCCUCAUACAGAAGAACCGGGCGUAUGGAGUGGGUGCCGUGCUGGAUUACAGCGUAGAAGAGGAUCUCUCGCAAGAAGAAGCGGAAAGGAAAGAGAUGGAAUCGGGCACGUUUGCAUCAGACGAGGAAAGCCCUGGAGCGGACCACAGAGACAUGGGGUUCAUAGCCCACGGAAGGUUCGGUGAUGUGAGCGAGGGCGUUACGAGCGCUCCUACGUAUUUCUACGCCGAUGAGACGAAAUGCGACCAGCGCAUGGAGACUUUUAUGAAAUGCAUCAAAGCAGCAGGUGGAAGUUCAGAAGAUGGUUUCUCGGCUAUUAAGAUGACCGCCCUGGGGCGCCCACAAUUCCUGCUCCAGUUCUCGGAGGUGCUGGUGAAAUGGAGGCGCUUUUUUAGUUUCCUGGCUGCCAAGCAGGGCAAAGACGACGUGGAGGUGUUGGAGCAGAAACUGGAUCAAGAACGACUGCAGGCAUGUCUCGCCAGCCUGGGAGCCGAAGGAAACAUUCAGGGCUGGUUCUCUGAUGGACGGCUGCACUUAUCAGGCGUUGUCGACGUGCUGGACUGGAACGGUUUAAUUGAUGACAGAACGAAGACAUCUGAUCUUCUACUUGUCCCGAACCUACAGACGGGUCGGCUGGAGCCUCUUCUGUCUAAAUUCACAGCCGAAGAGGAAGGCCAGAUGAAACGAAUCCUUCAGCGAAUGGACGUCUUGGCUAAGCAUGCUGUGGAACAUGGCGUAAGACUUAUGGUGGACGCAGAACAGACAUAUUUCCAGCCUGCCAUCAGCUGGCUCACUGUGGAGAUGCAGAGGAUUUUCAACCGAGACCAAGCUGUCAUUUUCAACACCUAUCAGUGCUACCUCAAAGAGGCGUUUGACAAUGUUUCAGUGGACGUCGAGCUAUCGAGGCGAGAGGGCUGGUGUUUCGCUGCUAAACUGGUAAGAGGGGCGUACAUGCACCAGGAGAGAAGCCGAGCAGCUGAGAUUGGAUACGAAGAUCCCAUCAACCCCGACUACCAGUCUACUCACAGAAUGUAUCACAGAUGUCUGGAUUACGUGCUGAAGGAGAUCGAGCUGAACAAGAAAGAAAAUGUCAUGGUGGCGUCACAUAACCUAGAUACAGUUAAACAUACGCUGAAAAGGAUGAAUGAAAUGGGUCUGGCUCCCGCAGAUAAGAAGGUGUACUUCGGCCAGCUCCUGGGAAUGUGCGACCAAAUCAGCUUUCCGUUAGCCCAGGCAGGUUUUCCGGUGUACAAGUACGUUCCGUACGGUCCGGUGAACGAAGUGAUGCCGUACUUGUCCCGUCGGGCGCAGGAGAACCGUGGCGUUAUGAAAGGAGUUCAGAUAGAGAGAGAUCUUUUGUGGAAAGAGCUUGUACGCAGACUGACCAGCGGGGAGGUGUUUCACACGCCUGCUUUAUAAAACACUCCUCAGCAGAAUAACUCCUCCUGCACUUCUGACCUUUUUUGCUCGUGACGUACUGCACACAGCAUGCAUUAUUUACACCAAUAGUGUAAAGUACUAUAAUGAAUCAAGAUGAUGUCACUCCACACUCUUAUAUUUUGCUGAAAGAUAUUUUUCGCCCCAAAUUCACAUUACGUAAAGCAAAGAAAAGUCAUUCUAUCUUUAUUGCAAUAAAGAGUCGUGCUUGAUUGAAUAAUGUCACAAUGUCAAAUGCAAAGUAUAUAUUUUUUAUUCUUAUAGCAUUUGAUUUUGGUGUGACGUAUAACUCAGACAUGAAACUCACCUAGUCACUACCGUUUGUAUCUUCUAUUUUACUUCCUACAUCUUUUCCCCUUGAUUUUCCUCACUGUCUGGCUUUGCACUUAUGAGUCUGCUGAAAUGUCAGAUGUCUGAAUGUGUCCUGCUGUUUAAUCACCCAACCUUUCCUCAAUUCCUCAAGUAGACUAAUAAUAAAAAUAUAAGCAUGAUAAUAAACACAUCAGUAUCACUUUCUAAAAAUGACCGUUUGAAUUCAAGGAUAACAGCAGCUAUAUUUUAUUUAUGUGACAUUACGUGCUCAGAGUGAAGAAUUGUGAGUACGUCUGAAACGAAAGCUUUCGGUUUUUGCUUUGCUCAGCUUGGAGAGGAGAUAACAGCUGGUCUUUGCUUUUCCACACCUUAUACUGUCUAAAGUGUAAACAGAUUAUAUUUCAGAUGUUAUUUAUUCCAAGAGUGUGCUUUGUUUGUGCUCAAACCAAAUCUUGUCAUUUGCACUGUGAGUUGUGAUUGCGAAUAAAACCAUAUUUUAUUUAGAAAUUGCUCA